CGGGCGCGGCGCGGGCGCCGGAGGGUCCCGGUCCCGGGGACGCGCGCCCAGCCCCGGAGCCAGGCUGGCACCGCCCGCUGAAAGAGCCCUUGGCCGGGCUUGUGGCGGGGACGGGUGCCCGCCCUGACUGUGAGCGACGCGUCUGUCCUUUUUCUCUUUGUGUGCCAGGGUUCCCUCCGCAGGCGCGAUGCAGAGGGCGGCGGCGCUGGUCCGGCGGGGCUGCCGCCCCCCGACCCCGGGCCCCUGGGGCCGCAGCCGGAGCAGCGCGGCCGCCGAGGCCCCGGCCGUGCGCAAGGUGCGGCCCGAGCGCGGCCGGCGCGAGCGCAUCCUCACGCUCGAGUCCAUGAACCCGCAGGUGAAGGCGGUGGAGUACGCGGUGCGGGGACCCAUCGUGCUCAAGGCCGGCGAGAUCGAGCUGGAGCUGCAGCGGGGCAUCAAAAAGCCGUUCACUGAGGUCAUCCGAGCCAACAUCGGGGACGCCCAGGCCAUGGGCCAGCAGCCCAUCACCUUCCUCCGACAGGUGAUGGCGCUCUGCACCUACCCAAACCUACUGGACAGCCCCAGCUUCCCGGAAGAUGCUAAGAAACGAGCCCGGCGGAUCCUACAGGCUUGUGGCGGGAACAGCCUGGGGUCUUACAGCGCUAGCCAGGGUGUCAACUGCAUCCGUGAAGAUGUGGCAGCCUACAUCACCAGGCGAGAUGGUGGCGUGCCUGCGGACCCAGACAACAUUUACCUGACCACCGGGGCUAGCGACGGCAUUUCUACGAUUCUGAAGAUUCUCGUCUCCGGGGGUGGCAAGUCACGGACAGGCGUGCUGAUCUCCGUCCCCCAGUACCCCCUCUACUCCGCGGUCAUCUCUGAGCUCGACGCCAUCCAGGUGAACUACUACCUGGACGAGGAGAACUGCUGGGCCCUGAAUGUGAACGAGCUCCGGCGGGCAGUGCGGGAGGCCAAGGACCACUGUGACCCCAAGGUGCUCUGCAUCAUCAACCCUGGGAACCCCACAGGCCAGGUACAAAGCAGAAAGUGCAUCGAAGAUGUGAUUCACUUUGCCUGGGAAGAGAAGCUCUUUCUCCUGGCUGACGAGGUGUACCAGGACAACGUGUACUCUCCAGACUGCAGAUUCCACUCCUUUAAGAAGGUGCUCUAUGAGAUGGGGCCCGAGUAUUCCAGCAACGUGGAGCUGGCCUCCUUCCACUCCACCUCCAAGGGCUACAUGGGCGAGUGUGGCUACAGAGGGGGCUACAUGGAGGUGAUCAACCUGCACCCCGAGAUCAAGGGCCAGCUGGUUAAGCUGCUCUCGGUGCGUCUGUGUCCACCAGUGUCUGGACAGGCCGCCAUGGACAUCGUCGUGAACCCCCCGGUGCCAGGAGAGGAGUCCUUUGAGCAGUUCAGCAGGGAGAAGGAGUCGGUCCUGGGUGAUCUGGCCAGAAAGGCAAAGCUGACGGAAGACCUGUUCAACCAAGUCCCGGGGAUCCACUGCAACCCCUUGCAGGGCUCCAUGUACGCCUUCCCGCGCGUCUUCAUCCCGCCCAAGGCCGUGGAGGUGGCUCAGGCCCACAGGAUGGCCCCGGACAUGUUCUACUGCAUGAGCCUCCUGGAGGAGACCGGCAUCUGUGUUGUGCCUGGCAGUGGCUUCGGGCAGCGGGAAGGCACCUACCACUUCAGGAUGACUAUCCUUCCUCCCGUGGAGAAGCUGAAGACGGUGCUCCGGAAGGUGAAGGACUUCCACGUGAAGUUCCUGGAGAAGUACGCGUGAGGACGCCUCGGGCGAAGGCAGACCCUGGCCUCGGGUCUUCUCCCGAUGCCCACCCAGGCCAGGCCGGACUCGCCUCCCCGUGACUCUGCCUUGGGCCUCACAGAGGCCACUGGUCACGUGCACCAUCGUUCUGCCCAGGGCCUUCUUGCUUUGUGCCUUGAUGUUGGGAGCACGUCUCUUCUGGGCAAGCGUGAAUGCGCCAUGUCACCGAGAUCCUGUUUUAUUUGAUGCAACCAAAGUAGAGGGAGCUUGCUCAGCAGAUGUGGCCAGGGUUCUCUGAAUACCUUACUGCUUUUGCUCUGGGAAAGUUCAUUUGGGGUUUUAAACAACCAGGGUGUAUUGGGUGAGAUGUUACAGAUCCCAAGAAAACAAUCAGGUGUUGGGAAAUGUAUGACUUAACCAUGGUGAGGACUGGAAACCCAAAACUCACCAACAUGAUCUGUGAAAUAAAACCCUCAGCGGUGUGAAAAUCUAGUCCUUGGAGUGGGAGAGCCUGGAAGUCCACCAGGGGCUCCAUGAGGGGCCCCCCUUCUGGCCUGGAGACAGGCCGCCUGUCUCAGGAACGAUGAGGGCAGGAGCACACGGAUGGGACAGUGAUGCAGACAUGGGGCCACGGCCAAGGUCAGAGGGUCCUGCGGGGGAUGAGGGCGUGUGAGCCGGGCUGCAGGUGGGACCUGGUCUCCACUUCCGAGCAGCGUAGCGGGUAGUGAGAACUGCAGACACAGGGCUUUGGGGAUGGAGGGUUCUCUCCAGCAUGCUUAGGCCGGGACCCUGUCUGAGAGGUCUCCCUGGACCUCAAGGACAGAGAGUGCAGCCCAGCAAUGUCCCGGUCAUGUGGAGGGAUUCUGCCUAGUGGCGCGUGGAUCCAUCCCGCUGGUUCCCCAGUGACGGCUCGUGCCCAAGGGCUUCAUGGAGCCUUUACGCACAUCAUACCCUGCUGGUGGCAGCAGGGACAAGGAAGAACUGAAAAUACCCUAAUCCGGGAGGGGAGUCCUCAAGGACUUGACCAACAGUCAAACCCCUGCAGUUUCUCGAAUUGCUUCAAAACUGCAUUUGAUCCAUUUCCUAGCUCUUGAUUGGUACAAGUGCCUGGUAGCUCAGCUGCUGUGGGAAGAACCUGAGAUCCUACUCGGAAGUUACUGAAGUGUUUUAAUGCAAAGUGUUCUGCCUUCACUUUAGGUGCUGGCUCUCCUCCCAGGCCUGCAGACUCUGACCUGCAUCAGUCACCUCUCCAGGCCAGGAGGGUGACAGCCAGCAGGCGAGCAGCUCCCCCGGCAUAACCCGGGCGAGGGCCCGGCCCAUGCUCCAAGACACGGGUGCUACUGGCAGCGGCUUCGGCCUCUCCCCCUUUACUGGGAGCCUGAGCCCCACCUCCCGCCUCCCCCAGGGGGAAGUUAGGGAGGCCAAGCCCAGCUCAGGAGUCUGGGGACCGGGCACGUCCAAAAUGGAAUGGAAGGAGCCGAGCGGGAAACGGGAGGAGGCCCUGCGGCCCGGCCCGGCCUGUGCGGAGCAGCGCUCGCCGGCAUCCCAGCCCGAGAAGCAGUCGCCGCAGUCUCAGAUAACAAAAGGGAAUGUUUUGAAACUUUUCCUUCCUGAAAAAAAUGAAAAAAAUUGCAUUUGUGCUUGUUGUGUGGCAUAUAAACCGGGAGGUGUCCCGGAGUCGUGGGAUUUCUGGUGGAAAGAGUAAACAGUAGAAACUAGUGUAUUUUUUAUAUUUUUGUAACAAUUGCUUUUUUCAUGGGGGGAGAGAGGUUAGUAUUUAUAGUCUUAACAAGUCCAAUAAUUUUUUAUGAAUCUCUUCAGAUUAUAAAUAACCCCUAAAAAUUUGCAACGUUUUACAUGAUUUUCUAAAAGAUCCUGUAUACAUUUGGUUUGCUUUUAAAAUAAACAAUCAGGUCAGCUAGUUUAGGAGGUUAACUUCGGGCAGGAAUGCUGAGCAUGAUAGAUUUGAUUUUCCGCAGAUGCUGUUCCGGUGCCUUUCCUGUCCGGGCACCAGCCAGGAAGGUUUUUGUCGUCUGCGGUUGAACUUUGAAUCUGCACCUGCGAAGCUGCUCAUUCAUCCAGAUCGGCAUGUGGGGGACGCCGGGGAGGCUCAUGCUGGGCUGUACCCCAGACGGUCCGUCACCUCACACCUCGAGGCCGGGCCAGUUGUUUCUGUUCUGAUACGUGGAGUUUUCGGGAAGAACAUGCGGAACUGCCUGUGGCUGGUUUUCAAUGUAGGUUCCCGCAGGCAUCUCCUGACAGAGGCAGUUAAUGAUCGCUCUGCUGUAAACUUCUAGACAAUAAAAUAAGUGUCCGAAAUGGUGA